UUUGGCUCCAGAAGAAGCCCGUCAUGAGGGUGGGAGCAAGCGCUGCUGGCGCUGAGCAGGACUGAUGAUAGGUCCAUGGCACCGGAGGAAAGUGUGCCAUGUGAAGAUUUCGCCACCUGUGGCGUCGCCCAGUUCCAAAACAGACAGUUCCCAAAGAAUGCUAAACAGCAGGACUCCUACUUUGUUGUGGAAGACAUGGGGGUCACCUUUGGUGUCCGCUUGGGAGGUGUUGACAGCGUGGCCUUGUAUGGAGUGGCAGAUGGCCAUGGAGAGUGCGGGGAGCUGUGCGCUGCUUUCGUACGUCGACAUCUUCCCACGCAGCUGGCGCAAUCCCGACACUUCGCAGAAGGUCGACUGGAUGCAGCCAUGCAUGAAGCUUUCCUGCAAACUGAGUUGCUCCAGCAAUCCUCAGGCUUGCCGCUUUGGGCGUCAGGAGCCUGCGUUUCAGCUGCAGCAGUCUCCCGACACAACAUCGUUGUGGCCAACUGUGGUGACUGCAGAUGCGUCUUGGAGGAGCAGGGAGCCGCUCAAGAGCUCUCUUCCGACCACAACGUCCAGAACGCAACGCCGGAGGAGCUCCGGCGCGUGCUGGCGGCAGGUGGUACCAUCACUCCUGACCAGCGUGUCACCAUUGCGGGUGCACCUGGGCGCUUGGCUACGACGCGAGCGUUUGGAGAUGCCUGGGCCAAGCAACAGGGGCCUCCUGAGAAGCACAUCAUCACAGCCAUUCCAGAGGUGCGAAGCAUACCGCGACGCCCCGAACAGCGCUUCCUGCUGCUAGCCUCGGAUGGCGUCUUCGGCUUUAUGUCAUCACAAGAAGUGGUCUCCCUGUGUGUGGCUACAGCGAGUCAACUACCGCCUGUUGCUCCGCUUUCCAGUCUUUCCCACGCGAUCGUUUGCUCUGCUGUUGCACGGCGCAGCGACGACAACUGCACCUGCCUAGUGGUGGACCUUCCAAGAGUGGAUGGAACACCGAACGUGCCAAGCCUGAGGUCCGAGACCAGGCCAAACUGGGUGAACUCUGAGAUGCAGGAAGAGGUGGAGAGCAUCAAAAUGUCAGCGUCCAAUGGCAUGCCUCCAGCCCACACCAAGAUCGAGGAGGAUGCCUCUCUUGUCAGGCCGAAACAAGGGAGAUUAGAUGAUCAUUCGAAUGGUGUCAGGCACAAAGAGGGCUUGAAGGAAGCUUGUGGCUCAAACAUGACCUUCCGAGCACGAGGAUUCAAUAUUCCGCAUGCUAAGGAUUCGGAUCGAACAUCCAUCCCUUCUUCCCCAACCGCACCAGAGGAGGUUUGUUGGUGUCCAUGGUGUUGGGGGAUGAAUCAAGAAGGCGAAGCGGAAAACCGCGUCCUGGGCUCCUUCGAGAGAUGGAGGCUCCACAUGCAUGAACACCACUUCGACCGACUUGCUGUGGCUUAUGCCGCGGAUGAGAUCGUUCCAUGCUACUGGUGUUGCAGACCGUGCGUGACAAAGAGAGGUCAGCACAAAAACUCGAAUCGCCUUCCAUUCUGGGGCUCCCAUGAACGGGUUUGCCGGGAAAACCCUAGCAAACCUGUUUUGCCCGGGCAGGCCCGCAGCUCUGAAGGUUCUCAGACAUCGAGUGGAGAAUGGCGCUGGGGGAGCCAGGCACCACGAAGGUCUCGCAAAGGACUUGCCGGAGUCCAUGAAGGUACUCUGUCACCAGAGUUUCGAGAUCUUCGAGACUCGAACGACUUGCGUGAGCUGCGCAAGCUUUCAGUUCCAGGUGGUGAAGUCCCCGCUGCCAGAGCCUAUGAUGCGCAGCCUCCUGUGCAACAUCGAACGUCUACAGGCAGCGAUAAACGCGCCCAUGGGCACAGACGUGUGGAGAAACCACAGGUGCGUCAGGAGACCUCUGAAAGGGACGCAGGACCGCGCCGACCCAGGCGUGCCCUUUGAAAAGGUACAUUUCAACUACUUGCCACGAGGUGGCAGAGGUAUUUUGGCAUUCAACUGAAUUCUUGGCUACCC